UCACACUACCCAUGAAAAAUUUCUGAACGCUACAUUUUUUGUCCCAGGCAAAGGGUAUUAAAAAUCAAAACAAAAAAUCAAAAUGGCGGCUGUUGGUGCGUUUGCGUCUAUGGCCCAGGCUGAAGAUUUAAAAGCAUUCGAAAGAAAGCUUGUUGAAUAUAUCAGCUCUCUUGGUCCAACUGCAAACAAAUGGAGAUUGGUUUUAAUUGUCACGUGUUUUGCAACAGCAUCUACUGGCUGGAGCUGGGCACUUGAUCAUCAGACAUCAGAGAUUUCAUUUCUUAGUUCAUUGGUUAAUCAUAGAUUAUUCGCUCUUAAUUUGUGUAUAUUAAUCAUCUUAUUUUUGUUUGGUGCUCAUAAACGCAUAGUUGCACAAAAUAUAAUUUUAGCUAGAUCAAGAAAAAUACUGGAAGAUUUUAACAUGUCGUGUGAUGAUAGAGGUAGAUUAAUUUUAAAACCUCGCCUAUCAAAAGACGUUGACUCGUACCAUAAAAUGUAUCAAGGACAUGGUUGACCUCUAAAAGCUACAGACGAUAAUAAGCAAGACAAAUAUAUGCCUAACCUAUACGUAUAGUGUACGCUUAUGCUGUGGUGAUGCGACACCGUGUAAUUUCAACAUUUAUAUGAAGUGAAUUGAUUUUUUAUUCCAUAA